AUGUUCGUUUAUCACUACUGUUUGUAUCUUUUAGCAUUCGGUGUUUUAAUUAAUUCGAGAUAUAUUGAGCGACCAUUUCACAAUGAUCCAGACGAAGAUUUAUAUGUUCUAAAUAAUUAUUACGUAGAUCGUGCUUAUCGGUCAAGUUCUCUCGAACGAUAUUUGCGUAAUCUGAUUGCUGAAGAUAUUCGUGAUAGUGAAAAAUAUGAUGAAGCAAUGCCAUUCGAACGGCGAAGCAAAGCUAUUACUAAAGGUGAUCCACGAGAAUUUAUGGGUUAA